UCUUUUGAAUCCCCUUCCUGGGUCCCACAGUAACAGCACAAUUCCACUUCUUCGCUACGUUCUUUCGCUGGCAUCAGGCAUCAUUAAAAAAAAGAAAAAAAUUCAAUAAAUCUUCUUUAUUAUUUAUGUUUGGGGGAAAAGAAAUUGGGUGAAAGUUAUCGUUUUUAAUUGGUUCGUAAUCAUGAGUACCGGAGAUCUUCUCAACUUUCAACCUUCCGAGCUCAAAUUCCCUUUUGAAUUGAAGAAGCAGAGCUCAUGUUCUAUGCAGUUGACCAACAAGACAGACAAACAUGUGGCUUUCAAGGUUAAAACAACCAAUCCUAGGAAAUAUUGUGUUCGACCCAAUGCCGGAAUCGUUUUGCCUCGAAGUACCUGUAAUGUUACUGUCACAAUGCAAGCGCAAAAGGAGACGCUUCUGGACAUGCAGUGCAAGGACAAAUUUUUGCUUCAAAGUGUUUCUGCUCCUGAUGGUGCAACGAGUAAGGACAUAACUCCAGAAAUGUUUAACAAAGAGGAGGGUAAGGUUGUUGAAGAGUUCAAGUUGCGCGUAGUUUAUAUUCCUGCAAAUCCUCCGUCACCAGUCCCUGAAGAGUCUGAAGAAGGAUCUCCUUCCAGUGCUUCUGUGGCCGAGAAAGAGAAGCAAAAUUCAUUAUUAUUUGAUUCUGUAUCGAGAUCGCUUGAGGCAUCUAAACAGAAGUCUUCAGAGGCGUGGUCUGCGAUUUCCAAGUUGACUGAGGAAAAAGCUUCAGCAUUGCAAGAAAAUCAAAAGCUUCGUCAGGAACUGGAAUUGGCGAAAAAAGAGUUUAACAAGAGUGGUGCCGGUGGAUUUUCUCUGUUGUUCGUGGCGGUUUUUGGCCUGUUGGGUGUCUUGUUUGGCUACUUGAUCAAAAAAACAUAGUAGCUCUUCGUUACUUUGGGUGCCGACAUCAAAAUUUGUACUUCUAUUCCAAAGUUUUCACUUUAGGCGCUCCUUAUGUUAUGUGAAACAACAAAAAUCUAGUGGUCUUCUUGUAUAUUAUUAUUUAACGCUUUCAUUGAUUAAUCUAGGGGGACCAACAUUGUAGUUUAGAAUCAGAAUUUUAACGUCAUUAUUACAAUCAAUUGACUAAACAUUUGUAUGUUUCUCUCUUUCAAACGCUCUUUGUUCUCUUUUUUUA